UUUUAAUUUGUUUGCUUUUAUUUAUUUUUUUUAAUGCUAGAUACCGGGAACACCAAGGGCAGUUGUGUGCCAAGCCACAAGAAAACUAAAGCCCAGGACUUCCCCCAAGGCACCAGCUUCCUUUUGAGUUUAGGACAAAAAGAAAAUCUUCUCAAGGAUACAAAUUUGAGAACUUCCUUCUGGUUCACAGUGCAAACCAGGGUGUACUCAAUCCACACCCGGCACCAACGGUCAGAGUGAACAGACAGACUUCAGAAGACCCAAGGACAGUGCUUUUCUGAGAACUGGAUCAGCAAACUCUUGGCUUCCUUGAAUGGGUAGAAGAGGGAGAAAUGGUCCCUGUUGGUGACACUGGAGCCCUUCAGAUAGUGGAAGGUCAGCGAUGUCCUUCAAAGUACACUUGGCUAUCCAGUGUACAAGGAAUGUGAUUGUCACUGGGAGUGUCUGUUAGCAUCAACACAAGGACUGCCCCUGGCACUUCCCUUUUCAAGGUCUUCAGUGUUACUCAUUCAAGGUGAGAACAGACAGACAUAAUGGAAACCAAAUCUCCGAAGAGUGCAGGCAAAAGGUUUACAUUUUAUCAUGAAAAUGAAGUCUGUAAACAAGAUUACUUUAUUAAGUCACCCCCUCCUCCGCUUUUCUUCUCCUCAGCCUCUUGGAAAAGGCGGUUUUUUAUCCUGUCAAAGAAUAAGGAAAAGAGACUUAGUCUUUCCUAUUACAAAGACUGUCAUCACCGAGGUUCCAUUGAAAUUGAUCAAAAUUCUAUUGUUGAAGUUGGUAUAACAAUCCCAGAAAAGAUGCAAUCUGUACAGAAGAUGUUUAAAUGCCAACCUGAUCAGGUGAUGUCCAUCAGAACCACUAACAGGGAUUAUUUCCUCAUUGCUGAAGACAAGGAGAAGAUUAGAGACUGGGUCUCCUUCUUGUCAUCGUUCUGCCGGGGUGUAAUAGCAGCUCAUCAGAACACCAAGGAGAGAUUCUUUUUGCCUGCUGCAAGGCCCACUUCUGACAACAGCUUUUUCUCCAGUCAUUCAAGCACACUGGACACUGUCAGCCCCAUUUCAUCAAGGACCAGCCUUCCAGACAUGCAUUCAAUAGAAAAAAGUCUUCCAGGAUUCAGGCAAGCUCAUGUUACAUUUGUUUUCCCGUCAAAGGCCACUGAAGUUACAGAAGAAGAGGGCCAUUAUCUUACUCCUCGAAGUGUUCUUUCAGAGUUGGAUAGUGUUAUUGAUUCCCAUGAGUCUGGGGAAACCAUCGAACCUGGUAAUGCUAUGGAUUCUAACAAUUCUGAUUGUCCAGAUGGGGUGUCCGAGGAAACUGAAUCUGAUUAUAUGUCAAUGAAAUCCUUGUUUGUCAAAGAGACACCUCAUGCACCUGCUGAUUGCCAAGGGGAAUCCCACACUUUUCCAGAGACUCAGGAUGGGGAGUCUCACCUGCAAGCUCAAGACUCAGAAAGCAAUUCAUGCCUUCCACCUGCCAAUACAGAAGCACAAGCUGCGAAUGAUAACACGGGGUCGGCCUCACUAACUGUUGUGAAAUUGUCUGUUUUACUCAAUAACAUCCCUGAUGAAAGCCAUGUGGAGAGUGUGAAUGUGUUCCUUUCUCCUCCAGAUGUCAUUAAUUAUCUUGCUCUCAUAGAAGCCGCAGGGCGGAUAUGUGUGGCUCAGUGGGAAGGCCCUCCAGAGCUGGGAUGCUUAUUUUGCCAUGGAGAUCAUAUUUUGGCUGUGAAUGGGAUAAGGCCUCAGAACCUGGAAGAAGUGUCGCUCUUUCUCACCCGGUCUAUACAGAACAAGAAAGUAAAGCUCACCAUAGGCCGGAUCCAAAAUUCAAAGAAAUUCCAUGCUAUGUCCUGUACUUGCUCCUUAACAAAUCAAGGAGAUGCCCCUGCUCGAAAGGACAAGUCUCCACUGACUAAGACACUAAGGAGGAGUCCAGCAAUGAAGAAGGGCCAGAGUAAGGGAGCUGGAGAGUAGCCUGCUGUGGGCACUGUAGCAGAAAGAGGGUGGAGCCUUGAUGUGCCCUGGCCUCUGCUCUUCACAGACAAGCUCACAUACCUCUCUUAAUUAUGGUAUGUGCAUCUUUUUUUUUUUUUUAAUCGGUACUGGGGAUCAAACUCACAACACCUGCUUGCAAGGCAGGUGCUUAUGCUGCUGAGCUAAAUCCCCAGCCCUGGUAUCUGCAUCUUAAUGAUGGGGCUAACUCUCCUGUCUCUGGCUAUUGCAUCAGGGAUGCUGGUAAGGUCAAAUGGGAUAGUGACCAGGGGUCACAGUGAAGAUAGAAGGCCUUGUCCCAAACAGUACAGAUACAGACUGGAUUAGUCCUUCAUCUCAUUAACACACACUGUAUUCUGUGAGGUCAUGGCCCACAUAAUCAUUUCUUUGUUAAGGAACAAAAUAGUUGGAAACCCUUAUCCCACAAAGGCAACUUCCCCCAGAGAGGUGUAAGACCUCCAGGCCUGCCCAAAUACCUCCUAUGACUAUUGGACCACUGAAUCUAGAAAGCAAGGGCAGGCUGACCUCUUGGGUUUAAUACAUCUCUCUUCUUAAAGACCUAAUAACUAUUUUAGAAGCUGAAGUAGUUGUAGGAUUUAAAUCCUGGGUUGAUUUCCUUGUUUCAAAAAUCAGAAGAGAACUACUUAGCUCUUCUAAGUUUGAAUAUUCUUAGUUUAUUGAUGCAUGAAUAAAUUGACCCUGGAAGGCCAAAGGAAUCAAAUAGUUUGUCAUAGAUUGGAAACCAAAGGCAGAUCACUGAAGCACUAAUCAAAUUUGGGAGAGUUAGAGCAAAAGGGGUCUUGGAGAGGGUGUCUUACUUUGUUGUUAUUUCACAUGGAAGAAAUCAAGGCCUCAAAUGGUGAAUGAUGUGCCCUGUUCAUAGUUUCAAGUUUCAUAACUGUUUGGUAGCAGAGUCAAGAAUCUAAAAUCAGCUCUGGAGAGCAACUGUCCCAACCUUCAACGUAGAUUAGGAAAGAUCUUCAGCACUCAUGAGAGACAUUUAAACACACUUCAUCUUCUGUUGUCCAGAAAGGAUAAACCAGUCUCAUUUACAUGCCAUGUGUGGCCUACUAUUUCUACUUCUAAAAUGUGCCCUAGAGAAAUCCACAGCACAUAAUGAUAUCUGUAAAAACCAAGAUGUUUACCAGCACACCUUAGCAUUGUUUGCAUAAUGAGGAAGUCAUUUGGGGAUUAUUUAAUUAUUAUUUGCCAGAAUUGAACAGGGAAGAUGUUAAAAAGUUUGGCAUAUGCAGUUAUGAGUAAUGUACAUCACAUGCUAAGAAUGAAAGAUGCAAACUGCAGUGUAGUAGGUGUAAUAAGGAUUCAUCUUUAUAAAAAUAAAUUUUGGAAGUUUGUGUAGAUAUGCAUAUAAAAUCUCUCAGCACUAGUUAGGAGUGAGCCACCUACCUCCCUAGGGAGGUUGUAAGGUUCCAGUUUGGUACAUUUCCCGUCUCCUAAACACUGCAUCAAGUGUUAUGCUGCUGCCUCUGUCAUGCUUUUUGGCCUUUUUUAAGUUAAGAAUAACCCACAUUCAGUUGUCAGUAAGAAUUACUUAGAGAUGUACGAUCAGGAUUUGUCCUGGGAGAGAAGCAUUUUGGUAAUGUUUGAAUUUGAAUUUUUUUUUUAACGUGAGCAUAUGUUGCUUUUGAAAUGAAAAACAUGUAUGCAAAUGUGGAAAAGAAAUAAAUAUACAUAUGUGUA